CGCUUAAGGCAAUAUUGAUUUUGUUUACAAAUGGAGAUUCGUUCGAACUUUUGAAUCAUAGAUUUUCAGAAAAUUUACACAGAAACGCGGUAAACUAGUUACAGUAUAUGAAUUAUCGGUAAUUAACUCUUUUCAUAAAAAGGAAUGAAUUUUACAUAGGAAACUCAAGUUGAAAAGUAUUUAUUACAAAGAUGGAUGAGGAAGAGGAUGUAAAUUUUACUGAUGAUGAAAUAAGGGAUGAACUAUCCAAGUUAGGUUAUGGAAAUGUCCCACAUCAAAGAUUUGAAGAAUUCAAAACAGACUUGAGAUCCCUGAUAAAACAUGAACGGAGUAAAUUGUCUUCUCAGAACACAAGUAUGUCUUCAUAUAUAGCUGAUACAACAGGGUCUGUUGCAGGUAUUCCAUCCAGAAGAAGGCAUCCAUUAGAAGAAACUCAAGUCUCACAUGAUGGACCUGGUUACUUGGAGUACAGGGGGGCAUCAAAUAUAGGGAAAGAAAACAGAUAUGCUGACAGUCAUAGAAAGCCAUAUGUAACAGAUCCGGCCAGAGGAAACUUUUGUUUGUAUGAUAGUACUACUGAUACAUCACAGUUACAUAUCAGAGAUGAUGUCUCAGAAACUGAUUCAGAAAGAAGACUAGUCAAAAGAAAAGUUCUCAGGAAGAAAAAAGAUGGUUCAAAGGUUAUUGACGAAUCUGUAACAGAAAGUGAAGCAGGUAGUUUAUCAGAUAUCCAUGACAGAUUGAAGGAACUUGGAAUCAAAGAUGAUGGUAGAAGAUGUCAAUCAGCAAGAAGUGAGCCUCCUUACAGACUUGCCCCUGAUGAUCCUAGACCUGCAUCAGUCAUCCUUCGAGCACCAGAUCAUACCAAACAACUGAGAAAGUCAGACCCUGUAGCAAGAUACCAACAAUUCAGACAGUCAUGGUCUCAUCAAAGGGCUCCUGGAGAGAAGAAACAUAACAAUUUACGAUGGAAUGUUAGAGAACAGAUGCUAUCACAAGAUCAAGUCAUAGAAAAGAAGUCUCAGCGAGUAUUUGUUCCUAACAAGUAUGUCGUACCAACAGAUAAACAGAGAAAAUCAUUGCGAUGGAAUAUCAGAAUGGACUUAGCUCAUGGACAAAUGCCACCACAUGGUUUUUAUCAUGAAUGUUAAAGUACAAAUACUGCAUUUCAUUUGUCUUGAAGGAUGAAAUUAAAUCUCUCUUUUUGAGGUGCUUAACAAUAUUAAAGAAUUCAUGAAAAGAAAACACCUGUAGAUUGUGAUAUAUGUGGAUAAAAAAAUGGCUAUGAAAAUGUUACUUCAAGUUUAAAGCAUGUGUAAAAAAACAGGGUGUCUCAUAAAUGUUCUUUAAUAUUUUUACUUUAUUUAUCUUAGUUAUAGAUAAUAUGUUGUUGACUUAAAAUUCUUAGGAAAUAUACAUGUUGAUUUAUGAAGAUAAAAAGGCAUUUAAUCAAGGAAUUAAAAAUGGAUAAAAUAUUUUGUAUCGUUAUAUACAUGUAGAUAUAAUUCAGAUUAUGUUGCAUUGAUUUGCAAAAUCAUGUUCAACUUGUUUUCUCUGUACUGUAAAAAAAAUAUUAUUGUGAAGAUUGAAAUGUGAUGACUAUAUUGUCCCCCGCAAUUAUUUUUAAAAGAGUUAUGUCCCUUGGAAUUAUUUAUUUUUAUGGAAAAUUGCACUGUUAGCGCUCUCAUGUGUAUAAUUCUUGCCAGAAAAUUUUAGGUUUAUAUCAGCAAUGUUUUUUGACACUUUCAAAAAUAAGAACUGAUCAAAUAUUUUACGAGUUAUGCCCCUUGGAGAAAUUAACUAUAAUGGAAGUUGCAUUGCAUUUGCUCUGAAGCCUUCAAUUCUGUAAGAUAUUUAUAAAUUGUUUUAAAGAACAAAAAAAAGUACUUUUAUUAGUUAUAGCCCUUGGAUAGAUAAAAUGUGUGCAAUGCGGGGGACAUUGAAACUCUGUUCUUUCACCAACCUUUAUAUUAUGAGAGGAAUAAAUAAAGAUAUGGGGUAAGCUCAAUCAGAAAGCCAUCCAAUGACACAAAAACGUUAAAAAACAUAAUUUUAGGCACCUUAAUGAAUAUUGCUACAAAAUCAAAAUGAAUUGCUUUAGUUGUUUGAUUGUUGUGUCCUCAGUAAUAUGAUGCAUUUGUCUUAUGAGACAUAAUUUUUGUAUAUAUGGUAAAUCAAUUGUAAUGUAAAUAAUAUUUAUUUAAGAAUAUAUUUUUAUUGUAGAAUGAAAAGAAAAUGUCGAAAAUAUUAAAAUAAUAGAAAUUC